AUGGAUGAAUCUGUGAAACAGUUGAAUCAACAGGUUCAAUCACAAGAAGAGGAAAUUUUGGGAUAUUGUUGUGCAGACAACAAUGGAUUUUGUAUUAAUUCUUUUGGGAAUCUUGAAAAUAAUGCAGAGGCAACAUCAGGAUAUAUUAGAGGAAUUUUAAAAAGAGCAAAUCGCUUGGCACUUUCUAACGGUCAAUCAAACCCGGUUGUGGUUGUGGAAUGUGAUUCUACCAAGUAUAUUUUGCAAAGCCAAGACAAUGCUAAUGUUUGUGUUGUUCGGAAAUCAUCACAAAACAACUUGUCUUCGGAGUCAGAGCAAGAAAAAGAAUAA